UCAUCUAAAUUUUUUUAUGAACCGAAUUUCGUUUAUCUAUAUAAAUAAAAAAUCAAACGCGUCUUUCUUGCUUAAUGGACUCAAAUCUCUUACUAAUUUGUCGUUAUGAGAUCUUCUGCUUUCCUUACCUUGCUCCCAUUUUUCUAUAAUUAGUACUUACGUUCCAUUCCAGCUUGGAUUUUUGUUCUCUUUUGUCCCUACACUAUUUUUUAAACAAAAUUAUAAGCAACACAUUUUAAUUAAUAUUCUAUCCCUUUCAUAUUCAUAACUUGUACUAUCAAAUUAUUAUAUCCCUUAUAAAGCCAUAAGAAAGAAAAUAAAUGAACCAAUUUUCAAUUGGAGUGUAUGAUGACACUUCAUUCCUUCUCAAGUCUCUUCUUGGAUCAUUCACUUAAACCUUUUAAUAUUUAUUUUCCUAAUUUGGUAUAUUCAAUUUUCAGUAGUGGAAGAAGUUUCAGGCUUAGAAGAAGUUGAAAAGAUGAACAAGACCGUGAGAACAAGGUUGAAUCCUAGGAAAGGUUCAGUGUCACAUGAAAAUAUAAUUAAAUUUGCUAUAAAGUCAGAACUCAUUAAAAGUUCUUCUCCUCACAACUCACAAGCCAUGGCUUCAGUUUCAACAAACAAAGAUCUUAGAGUUCCUCAAAACAUGCAAAAAGGCAUAGGAAAUGCAGUUAAAGAUGGAAAAAUUUCCAGCAAAGACAGAAAAAUGGCUUUGCAACAAGAUGUGGAUAGAUUGAAGAAUAAGCUUAGGCAUGAAGAGAACAUUCACAAGGCAUUGGAGAGAGCUUUGAAUAGGCCUUUGGGGGCUCUUCCUCGUCUUCCUCCUUAUCUCCCUCCCUAUACACUUGGACUUGUGGCUGAAGUGGCGGUACUUGAAGAAGAAAUAAGAAGGCUUGAAGAGAAAGUUUUAUAUUUUAGGCAGAAUUUGCAUCAAGAAGCAGUUUACAUGUCAUCCUCCAAGAUGAAACUGGAGCAUUCAGAACCAACACAUGUGAACAAUGCAAACACAAAUGAUAGUACAAAAUUGAGCAAUGUUGUAGCAUCUGCAACUAGGCCUAAAACAACAUUUCCUGAGGAUAGACAAGGAAAAGAGAUUCAAUCAUUUACUCAUUCUUACAAGCUCAACAAGCAGUCCAUAUGCAAAGGCCAAAUGGCAAAAAUUCCAAUUGACAAUAAAUCACUACAGAAAUGUUCUGAACCUCCCAAGAAACAGCAGCAGGAACUUCUUCGAAACAAUCGUCUACAAGAAAUUCCACAAGGAGAUGAAAGUCCAAAUACAAUCUCUGAAAAUAUUGUCAAGUGUUUAACUAGCAUUCUCUUGAGAAUGAGUACACCACCUUUAAGGCCUCUAAAAUCUAAAAACUGUAUUGAAGGAACAGAGUUUUUGGAUCCAUAUGGUAUCUUGGAAUUUGGAAAUAGAGACAUUGGUCCAUACAAGCAAUUAAGUGCAAGUAUUGAAGCUCAUUCUUUCAAUCCAACACAAACUGCUAAGUCUUUGUUUUUACUGCAUCGGUUGAAGGUUCUUUUGAGAAAACUAGCAUUUGUUAACAUUGAGAAUCUCAAGCAUCAAGAGAAGCUUGCAUUCUGGAUCAACAUAUAUAACUCUUGUAUGAUGAAUGCAUUCAUAGAAAAUGGGAUACCAAAGAGUCCUGAAAUGGUUGUUGCAUUGAUGCAGAAGGCAACAAUAAAUGUAGAUGGACAGUUGUUAAAUGCUACAACCAUAGAACACUGCAUUUUAAGGCUUCCAUAUCACUGGAAAUAUCUAAAUUCCAAACAGAUCACAUUAUUAAAGGAAGUGAAAAAUCAUGAAAUGACAGUAAGAAGCAUUUAUGGACUUGAAUUGUCAGAACCUCUAGUGACAUUUGCUCUCUCUAGUGGAACUUGGUCAUCUCCUGCUGUUAGAGUUUACACAGCAUCCAAUGUUGAGAAGGAACUUGAAGUAGCCAAAAGAGAAUACUUACAAGCUGCAGUAGGAAUUUCAACAUCAAAGUUUUUUAUUCCAAAGAUGUUGGAUUGGUAUUUACUUGACUUUGCAAAAGACUUAGAGUCAUUGAUGGAUUGGAUAUGCCUUCAAUUACCAAGUGAACAAAUGAAAGAAACAAUUAAAUUUCUUGAGAAAAGAAAAACUCAACCCCUCUCACAAUUUGUAAAAAUUAUGCCAUAUGAGUUCAGAUUUAGAUACUUGGUAUAAGCAUAAUUUAUUUUUUCAAUUUUUAAAAUGGCUUUGGGGAUACAAUUUGUAUACUACAACAUUAAAGCUCUAGAUCAUACACAUAAGAUAUGUACAUACAUGUCAUUUUAUCAUUAAUCUCAACUAGAAUGAAGGAAUAAAUGUCAACACUGUACAAUCUAUGGAACUUGGCCUAUAGAAUUAAGUAUCAUUAAUCUCACUUUACAGCUAAAUUACCUCCCAUUUUAUCAUUAUUACUCAAGCACUAUAGAAAAGGCGUGAUUAUAGGAUCCUGAUUUCAAAUAUCAGUAUUGGCUCCAACUGAAAAUGUUAUUUCCUUUGUGAAAUAUAAUAGUAUUUGUUUUCAAAC